AUGGGUCGUGUUGGGAAAUCAUCUCUUGUGCAUCUCAUCCUCAAAGGCUGCUCUAUUGUUCGCCCAUCUCAAACAAUUGGCUGUAGUGUUGGUGUCAAGGUGACUCGGAGAGAGAUUUCUUUGUCGAACUAUGGGAUGUGUCAGGUCAUGAGAGAUACAGAGAUUGCCGCUCACUGUUCUAUUCACAAAUCAAUGAUGAGAGACGGUUUUGAUUACGCAGGAGUCAUAUUCGUUCAUGACCUUUCCCAGAGAAGAACAAAAACAAAUUUGCAGAAAUGGGCUGCUGAAGUUACAGUAAGCGGGACGUUUUCAGCUCCUCUUUCUUCUUCUGGUGGACCUUGUGGUCUUCCAGUGCCAUACAUGGUCAUUGGGAACAAAGCUGAUAUUGCUGCCAAGGAAGGAACAAGUGGAAGCAGUGGAAAUCUUGUUGAUGCAGCUCGCCAAUGGGUUGAGAAACAAGGCCUGCUUCCCCAUAGUGAUGAACUUCCCCUCUCUGAGAGCUUCCUUAGCAAUGGUGGUCUCACAAUGGCUGCCAAAGAAGCUAGAUAUGACAAAGAAGCUCUCAACAAAUUUUUCCGUAUGUUGAUACGAAGAAGAUAUUUCUCAGACGAGGGCACAAGCGAUGAAGAUCAAUUCUAUAAAAGGACAAGCCUAAGGGGAGGAGAUCCUUAUAACACGUUACCGGCACGGAACCUCACGCAACCAGUUUCUACACAUGACCGUUACAGUUACUCCAUCCCGAGAUUCUCUCUUUCCAGUGUUGAGGAAACCAACAACGGUAAUGCCAUCGGAUGGAUACUGUGA